ACAUUUAUCAUAAAUCAACCCGCGGGAAAUGUCUACUUUCAUUUUUGGCAGAGAAAUCUUGCUAUGUGGCUUUUAAAACCACUGUCAGAAUUAGGUUCAACUUUCAAUUUGCUGUCAAAUGCUGUUUAUAUCGUCGGCCGAAAGGACUGUGAGAUUCUUCUUCCUUCGGAUCAAGCUGUCAGCCGAAAGCAUGCGCAGAUUAAAGUGUCUCAUCUUGAAAAUAACAUUACAAAACCAGAUAGAACACCAGUAGCUGUUUUGACUGACCUCUCAAAAUUUGGAACAUGGCUAAAUAAUGUGAAAUUGAAUAAUGGGGAAGAAAAACUACUCAGUGAUGGAGACCAGAUCAUGUUUGGAUCGCCAAAGUCUUCUUUCUUGGUGGUUUAUGAACCCUUCAUUAUUUCCACAUCUUGUCUGGAUAAUCCAUCAAAGAAGCUGGUGCGGACACUUCUGACCUCAUUAGGGGGUCACAUGGUCAACGAGUGGAGAUCGGACUGCCAUCUGUUGGUGAUGAACAACCUCAGUGUCACUAUCAAGGUCAUCUCAGCUUUAGUUUCACAAAAGCAUAUUGUAACUCCAGCAUACCUGGAAAAUGUUUUGAAAAACACGAAGGAGGGUGCUGCAAUGCCAGAUCCAGAUUUGUUUCUUCCAAAUAUAUCUGAAACACAGAUAAACCCUGACCAGGUUUCAUUUAAACCAGAUGUGAAGCGAGCAACAAUAUUCCAGGGAAUGAAGUUUAUAUUUCUCAGUGCUAAACAGUUCAAGAAGAUGAGUCUGACAGUGGAGAUGGGAGGGGGACUGCCAAUUCUGAUGGAUGACCCGUCCAGUGGUGACCUUGAGAUGUUGGUGGAGCCAGGGUCAGUGGUGAUGCAGAGCGACCCCUCCGACGCUUCCCAGGGGUUCUCACAGCAGAAUGUGGACUGGAUCACGCAAGUCAUCAAGUACAUUAAAAAACACAAGAAGCAUUUGAUUCAGGAUGCAGAGUUGGGGUUUGCAGUUCUCCAUUGCUCCACAGAACAGCAUUGUAACCCAGAUGUGCCAUUUAUGAGUCAGAUACCGCAGCCACAGAUUCCGUCCCAGUCACUCACACAGACAGACAUACUGGCUCACAACACAGAACCAGGGGCUAGAUCACCUGUGAUUGAAAGUAGGAAUGACCCUAGUAAAAUAGAUGAGACUACAAUAGAACCACCUAGAAAUGAUAUGACAAGAACAAGAUCCUCCAAGAAUCAAUCAAAAAGGUCUAUUUCCACAGCUCCGAGGCUAAUGUCGGAAAACGAAACCAUGAAAGAAUCAAACGAACGGGAAACCCUAGAACCUAGUGCUUCAAGGAACACAGCAUUAUCUGACACAAUGGAUGGACAGUGUUUAGGAAGGCAGGUCAAGAAAGAGAAGAUUACUCCUGAUAAACGGGUUCCUUGUAGACAAAGUCCAAGAAGGUCCCCUAGUCCAGUGUCCAUGAGAGUGUCACCAAAAAGGCCCACAGAAACGAAUCAUGAUUUCCAAAGUCCUGGUCCAAGUAAGUCUAGCAGAAAGUCAGACGGUCAGAGAGCCCCAGCCUCAAAAGUCAAAGUAGAACUACAGGAUGAUUCAGAUGAAUUCAGUGCAGUGUAUGAAACAGAGAAGGACAAGAAAAUUGUCAAAAAUGUGGAAAAUGAGGAGUGGUCUUCAAAACACAAAAAUACGGCCAAGAAAGAAUCUAGACUAUCUCUGAAAAAACCCAGUCCUGAUAAACCAAGUCCAUCAAAAGUGUCGUCCAGUGCAAAAGGUAGAGAGAAAAGAAAAAUUAUUGUAGAGGACUCGGAUGAAGAAGAAUUGCCUAGUUCAAAGAGGUCCAGGAAUCAACCUCAGAUACAGGAGGAUGAAGAAGAGGACUUCUUUGAAGUGAGGCCAAGUCUGUCGCGAGGGUCAAGUUCAAAAACUACCAAUAUGGAGACAAAUUUAUUUGACGUAGAAGGCUCCAAAGAAAACAAAGAAUCCAAGUCCAGAUCCUCUCCCAGAAAAAAAAGCAGGAAUUUGUCAGUGGAAGCUGGAUCUGAUGAGGACCUAUUUAAUGUAGGCCUGCCUGUGGACUCGCCUGAAAAAUCACCAAAGAAAUCAACAAAGAAUUCCCGCACAUCCCCGGAGAAGUCCAAAUCACCAGAAAAGGCAGUCUCCAACAGACAAAGAGGAACCAGUAAUUCAGAAAAUGGCCAUACUAUUGUUAAAGAGGAAAUUCAAGAGCAAUAUGAAGCAGGAGAAAAUGUUCAAAACCUGCCUGUGGCUCCAGAUUCUGAUGGUUUUCUGUGUGCUAGAGUACAGCCAGGGACUGGAGCUAUAAAGUCAGAGUAUGUAGAUGAAAAAGAUUUACCAUCAGGGUGCAUUCUGACAAAAUUUGUUGACUUGGUUACCCGACCAGUGCGACCAGCACCAACAGUUUCAGGGGAGACCACUCCUCAAGGCUACAUCAAAUGGAAAGGAAAACUAGUCAAAAACUUCAAGAAAUUCAAAAAGAAUCAGAACUGUGGGUCCAAUGGCCUUCCUCGUAUUAUUGGGGGAAGCGAUCUACAGCCACAUGUUCCUUCACAGAGGAAGGAGGUUGAGGAUUGGUUCAGAGAGGCUUUGGAGGCUGAGAGCCAACAGUCAGAGGCUGAGAGGAGAGCUCAGGAACUGUUUGAUUAUGAACCAAACAAGACAGUGCACAUACACGUAUAUGCAGAAAUGGGAAUCUGGAGCUCUGCUAAAAAACUAGAUAAAGCUGUCUUGGUUCAUCAGCUGAGGUUUGCCAACAGCUAUAUUCAGAGACCCAAACAGUUAAUUUCAUCACAGCAGUGUUUGACUUACUCAAGACUCACAGCUGUUCUUCAGCUGAGAUCUACAAAGAAUAUAUGCAGGUUCUACUGCACUGCUGACAAUCAGUAUGGAGCAAAAGGAGCUGUGCAAAUAAACAGCGAUGAAGAUCAAGAAGAAAAAGAAGGCAACAUGGAUACAUCUGAAAUGGAGACCCAGUCUGAAAGUAGUCGAAGUAAAAGGAAGAACACUGCUAUGAGAAAUACAAUUAGAAACUUCUUGAUGAACCACAAAUUAUCCUUUGAAUUAGGUCACACUCAUUUUAUUGCCAACUGUCAUGCUGCACAAUCAAGUCCUCAGACAGGGAAGAAGAACUUGUAUAUAAACUAUAACACAGGUUCCUUUGUGUGUACCACUUGUCAUCAUUAUGGAGAGUGGUCAAGCCUAAGGAGGAAAGUUUUGUCUGAUGCAAAAUGCACAGACUUAAAAACCUCGGAGUGUUUUCGAAAUAAAGAAGAAUCUGAGAGAGUGGGUAACUACAGUGACCAUGGCAUGGAUUACACAGAGAACAAAGAACCAAUCACCUCCAUGUAUGAAGAGGAGUUCACAGCCAUGACUCAUCUCUAUCACUGUCAGGGAUUAAAACCUGAAACAUUUGCCAGACAUGGUGUCAUGUACACGACAGAUGAUAACAAUCUUCCAACCCUCCAUCUCCCUUACGUCAACCCAGACCAGCGAACAGUUGGGAUGAGGACCAUGUUUCUCCAGCAUGCAGUAAAACCCCCAGAACAAGACUCGGUUGGGGGCAGGGAGGAGGGGGAGGGGGAAGAGGGGCACAUGUUUGACGUGGUCAAGAGCUUCCAACCAAGGAUUGGAUUUCAGCAGCUAUUUGGUUGGCAUGGUUACCAGGCAAAUGUCAAGAAAUAUGAUAAGGUUGUUAUUACAUCCUCAGAAUUUGAUGCUAUGGCGAUCACACAAGAAACUGACAUGCUUGGGCUGUCUGUGCCUAAGGGGACAGAACUUCCACUGGAGUGCUUACAUUCCUUGGAACAUGUAAAACAUAUUAUCAUUUGGCUUGGAGCAAAUGAUGCUACUCGAGCCACAUCAAAACUGUUUGCCAAGAAACUGGCUGGGAAAAAUAGAUGUUCAAUUGUCAGGCCAGAAAUUGUCAAAGUGUCCGGUCCUUUGGAUGCCUUGCAGAAAAAGAAGAAAUUAAAGGAAAUUCUGAAGGAGAGUGUUCCUGUCGACCUGGACAACAUUGUGGGAUUCGACAGGUUGACGAGCGAGGUGUAUGCUGAGUUUGCGAAUGUGGAACAGGUGACAGGCGUCAAGUGGAGAAGGUUUGCCCAGAUGAACAAUCUGUUGCGUGGUCUGCGCCCCGGGGAGCUGACCCUUUUCACUGGAACCACUGGCUGUGGAAAGACAACGUUUCUUGGGGAGUACUCACUGGAUUUGUGUAUGCAGGGUGUUAAUACACUUUGGGGGAGUUUUGAGAUAAAUAACAUUCGUAUGGCGAAAAUGUUGCUGAAACAAUUUGCAGUGAAGUCAUUUGAAGAUUCUCUGGAGGAUUUCACUCCAUGGGCCAACCGCUUCAAAGAACUGCCAUUGUAUUUUAUGACUUUUCAUGGACAGGAAGAUUUUGAAAUUGUCAAAGAAACGUUGAUACGGGCCGUGUAUACAAAUGAUGUACAACACAUCAUUCUGGACAACCUGCAGUUUAUGAUUGGGACGGGCUAUGACAGCAACUUUAAUAAGUUUGAUAUUCAGGAUCAUAUUAUUGGAGAACUAAGGAAGUUUGCUACCAAUUUUAACUGCCAUGUGACUCUAGUAAUACACCCCCGGAAGGAAAACAUUGAUCAAGAAAUCACCAUCAGUUCUAUCUAUGGAAGUGCUAAAGCCACACAGGAGGCGGACAAUGUCCUGAUUUUACAGACGAGGAGAUUAUCAGCAGCGACUGCCAAAAAAUAUAUCCAGGUUGUAAAGAACCGCUUUGAUGGAACCACAGGAACUAUGAUGUUAAAGUUUGACAAGGAAUCCCUGACAUUCUCUGGAGUUAAAUCCAGCAAGAAGAAGUCGAAGGAGAAAGUAGCAGAACUUACUGAAGAGGAUGUCAUUGAGGAGAAAAAACUAAACUACAAGGUUGUUGUGGACAUGGAUGGGACUACGUAUACCAAUAAAGGACCAAAGCCAGAGUCUGGGCGAUUCGUCUGCUUUGAUCAUCUCACUUUCUGGGUUGGAAAUGCCAAGCAGGCAGCCUCCUACUACUGCACUCGGGUCGGUUUUGAACCUUUUGCCUACAAAGGACUGGAGACGGGCAGCAGACAAGUGGUGUCCCAUGCAGUCAAACAGAACAAGAUGAUCUUCAACUUCCAGUCCGCCCUGGAACCAGACAACCCUAAAGAGAUAGGAGAACACCUUGUAAAACAUGGUGAUGGGGUCAAGGACAUUGCAUUUGAAGUGGAGGAUUUACAAGCUAUCUUCAAGAGAGCAGUGGCUAAAGGAGCUAUAGUUGUGAAGGAGCCAUGGGAAGAGUCUGAUGAUAGUGGAACCGUCAAAAUGGCUAUGAUAAAGACAUACGGAGACACAACACACACACUGAUUGACCGGUCUGGAUACAAAGGCUUGUUCCUACCUGGAUACAGGGCUUCAACAUUCAAAGACCCCCUUGUUGAACUGUUACCCAAACCAAAUCUUCAAUUUAUUGACCACGUUGUGGGGAACCAGCCAGACAAUGAAAUGACCAGUAUUGCUGACUGGUAUGAGAAGAACCUGAUGUUUCAUCGUUUCUGGUCCGUGGAUGACUCACAAAUCCACACGGAGUACUCUGCGCUUCGCUCCAUCGUGGUUACUAACUUUGAAGAAACCAUUAAGAUGCCAAUAAACGAGCCGGCACCAGGAAAACGGAAAAGUCAGAUACAGGAAUUUGUGGAUUACUAUGGUGGAGCCGGAGUUCAACACAUCGCCAUGAAUACCAAUGACAUCAUCCAAACAGUUUCACUUCUACGAGAAAGAGGCCUUCAAUUUUUGGAAAUCCCCAGCACUUACUACAAAAACCUGAGAGAGAGGUUAAAGAAGUCCAAAGUAAAAGUUACCGAAGACUUGGACAAGAUUCAGAAACUUCACAUCCUGAUUGACUAUGAUGACGAUGGCUACCUGCUGCAGAUCUUCACCAAAAUCAUGCAGGACAGACCAACACUUUUCCUUGAGGUCAUCCAGAGACACAAUCACCAGGGUUUCGGUGCUGGAAAUUUCAAGUCCUUGUUUGAAGCUAUCGAGUUGGACCAGGCUGAACGUGGGAAUCUGUAAUGCCGCUUACAGUCUGAUGUUUAAGAGGCCUUUGUUAGAAUGCAGCAUAGUCAGUCUCCAUGUGCAUUUGAACACUGGUUUUUAUAGAAUCUCAUUACAUUCUGUACAUAUACAAAUACUCCAGUGGGUUGAAUUUGUUCUCUGAUUCUGAUUUACGCUCUUUGCUUUAUUUCUAUGAAAUUGUCCAAGGACAGUUUAUGCAGUCCUAGGGACUAUUGAAUCCAAUUAGUAUUUUAGAGGUUUAUCUUGGAGAAUUUUAGUAUUCAACUUAUUUAGUAUAAGACCACUAGUCAGGGGACAUUGGUGAAUCAUUUUCUAAAGACAUUCACAUAGCCUGCUAUGUGUUGAUGAUUGGAAUCUAUUAAAUUUUCAUAAAUUUUUUUGAAAUUUAUGAAUUUUUUUUAAUCUAUUUUUUUACAUACACAUAUUUUUUUUGGGUACUGAACAUCUUUAAUGUUUUUAAGAGUUGAAUUAUUCAUUGAUUAAAGAUUUUCAGAAACUAUAUCUUUCUAUAGCUAUUCCUUUUGUCUGUAUUGAUGCACCCUUCACAAAUCAUUGAGUGUAAAAACUUGAAAGGAUGUACCAAUUUAAAUAGCGGCGUGCUGCCUUAUGUACAGAAAUGCCUGAAGAGGAUUAAUGAAUGAAAUAGAGAGGUACCUCGUUUCUAAAGCAAACUAAAAACUUCUGUUUACAGUGAGAAUAGUUUAUUAACAGAUAAACAUUUUCAACUUGUUGCUUUUAAAAUCAUGAGCUUGAUUCCCUUUUUUCAUCAUGUUCAUUUUGUAGUACACAUGUAUAGAUGUACUAAAAAUCAAUUUAUUGAUAUCGAAAUGAUUUUUUUUCCAAACAAACGGAAAAAUUCAGAUCUCUAGUGGUGUAUAUUUUGACGUUGAAAUAAAAAAUAUUCCAUAUGA